AUGGACUUCGGCGAAGCGCUCGCUGACGGAUCUUCUCAUCGAUCCGAGGCCAGUUCCACUAGCACUCGCGAGCUUCACAGCCAGCACAUUCACGAUCUCCAAUUGGAGGUCAACGCCCUGAGGCUUCAGGUUCAAGCCCUCAGGUCCGAUUUGCAGACUCUGGAGGAGUCCCUUGCUCGCGUCUGGGUGAACCAGACGGGUGCGACUCCCAAAGCCUCGCCUGCUGCAGCGGGCCCUGCGGCCGCCAACCUGACUGAGGCUGAUCCUGAUCACUCGGUUUCUGGUCAGGGGGAGGAGCCUAGUGAUGAUGCAGCCAGUGUCAAUGCAUGGGGCCUGUUGGCUCCCCUGAGCCCAACCACCCAUGCUGCCGUGCCUGAGGAAAGCCAGGAGGACCCCGCCUUGUGGCUGUCGGAGCCUUUUAGUCCCUUUGCUUACGACCCUGUGCACGACCCCAACCUUGGUGACCCUGCCUCGGACUUGGGUUCUUAUGAUAUGGUUCAUAGUGGGGAACGGGAAAGGUCUCUUGACCCCGAAGACAUUUGGUAUGAUUCAGUGCGAGAUCAUUCUUUAGACGCGGCCCUAGUCGAAGGUGACAGAGAGGAGGUCGCAACCAGUGUUGCGGAAGAGCCUCUUCUGCCUGCUGAGUCGCUAUCCUGCAAGCGUGUCUUCGAGGAUGCCAGGUGGGCCGAGGUUGCUCAGGAGGCAAAGUUCAGGCGUGUGUGUCAGGACUUGCCAAAGUUGCCUUGGGAGCAAGGUGCAUGGUCCAGUAUUUUUGGACCUGAGAGAAACAUGAUCGACGAUGCCCUUAGGAGCAGUGUGCAAGCCUCAUAUGGCUCCGAGGAAGCUGGUCAAUUGCCACCUGAGAACCUGCCGUCAGCUUCGGCCUUUCUUGAGAAAACUUCGAGUGUAGUUAGGACUAGGCUAAGGCGGUUUCAUCUUGAGCGACCGGCAGAUGAUCGACGGGAGCACGCCAUAAAGCGACUGAGGGCUCUCAUCAUGUACGAUCCCGACACUACCUUCUUGGGGAUGGUAGUGGCAAAGGAGGCAGCGAACCUAGCUGACGAUGAGUCUCUGUCAUACUCCUUCACUUGUGCUUUUGCGAAGAGUGCUUCCGGCUCUCUCAUAAAGCGAGCUGGGUCCCUUGACCGUUUUGGUAAGUGGAUCCUUAGCUGCCGAGGGACCUCGCCCCUUAGAAGCUCCGAGGUUGACGUGUUUGCCUACUUCUCGCACCUGCAGGGCGAGGGGGCGGGGGCCACGUCAUGCCAGCAUUGUGUGGAGGCACUGCGGUUCCUCCACGGUGUUGCGGUGUUUCAAGUGCUUGACCUUGAAGAAGUCUUUAGCGCCAGGGUGCUAGGGAUUGUGAGGAUUAUGCACGUGACAAAGGCCCCGUUAGCUCAACGUCCCCCUCUGACUGUAGAACACCUGUCCCUCUUGGAGCAAUUUGUGACCAUGAACAAGGAUCACCGCGCAUGUGUGGUAGGCCAAUUGGUCUUCUGCGCACAUGCUUGUGCCCGGUGGGCAGACAGUCAGCGCGUACAGAGCCUAACCAUGGAGUGCGAUGCUGAGAGCGGUGUGGUACUGAUAGUAGCCGGGGCACUCGGCUCCAAAACAGCGAUCUCUGCUGAAGCACGCACGCGGCUUCUGCCGUACGUCGCCCUGGGCAAAGGCGUAAGCAACGUGCCAUGGGCAGAGGCGUGGAUGGAGGCCAGAAAAGAAAUGGGUCUGCAAGCUGGAGGGUCUUUUCUCCUUCCAACCUGGAGUGAGCGAAAAUAUGACUGGGGUGAUUUUGAAAUGGGGGCCGCGGAGGCCACAAACUACCUCAGGGAGGCGCUCAUUUCCAUGGGAUGCGAUCUUGAUGAGGUCCAGGACUAUGGCAGCCACAGCAUGAAAACUACUGUCUUGACUUGGUGUGGCCGUAGCACGAUCAUUCCUUUCACGGAGCCUGAGCAGCGUGCGCUUGGCCAUCAUCUGGAUCCGACAAGCAAAUCUCCUUUGACUUACAGCAGAGAGUACUAUUUGAAGCUCUAUGCAAAGGUGCUGGCCGUCUUUUCGACCAUCCAGCAAAACCGUUUCAAGCCGGAUUUGCCUGGGGCUGCAAGUGUUGCUGCUAUGGCGCAGUCCUUUGAAGAGGGCAACGAAAGGGGCUUGAGCCGACUUGAAAUUCCGGCGUCAAAGCUGAACAGCGAAAAGAUGGAUGAGGAUGGGGAGUCGGACGACUCCGAUCAUGCCUCGAUAGAUUUGGACAGAGAGCUCGAAAGGGAUGAUGGCCCGGCCGAACGUGAAGUUUUUCGAGGGGUCCCCUGGUUGUGCAACAUGACUUCCUCCGCCCUGGAAAGUACUGCCGAGUUUGCUGAGAGGUGCAAGCGGCUAGGACUGUCGGCAGCCAACUUGGAGGUGCUCCAGCAUGCAGGCGUUGCAAGCUUUGGCCAGUUGUGCUUUAGUGUGAGUGCCUCCCCUCACACCAUCACUGACCAGACUUUCGAAGCAUGGGUUCAGCGGCUUUGGGUGCCCUCGGUUCCUUCUGAGCAGCAGCAAACAUGUCUGAAGAAGCUCCUUUUCGAAAGCCAAACCAUGUCAAUGGGCGAGAUUCGACAGAAGAUGCAACCGGCCUCGGAGCAAGUUGCAAAGCCUCUGCCCCCGUCGGAGCGGUUAGCCAGGUCGCAGCGACAGCAGGCUAGGAUCACUGGUUUGGUGUACACUCCUGAGACUACUCCCUCGCACUACCUAGUUGACUUGUUUAACGAUCAACUUGAGACGGGAGUCAUUGCAUGGGUCGCGCCUGAAAAGUGCGCUUCCAGGGCAGAUGAAAUGCAAAUCAAUAAGAAGGACAAAGCCUUGCAGCUCAUGCCGGAUGGACAGAUCAAGGUUAACUCCAAGGCUGCAGAGGUCAGGUGUGAAGCCAGCACUGACUCCAAGCUUCGUGCAGCUUGGCAGAGACGGUCCCUUGCAAUGGACAUGGCUGGGAUUGCAACUUUCAUCGUGGUUGAAAAGUGGGUACAUCAUCUCUUUUCAGUGUUUGCCCGCGACGUGCCGGAAGGUUAUGCACCCAUCCAGUUGAGGCAGAUGGUAAAUGCCGACAAGCGCUUGUUCAUGUUGGCCGCCGAGGGCCUGCCUGCUGAUCUCAGGGCCAGCCGGCCCGGAGACAGGACACCGCUGGAUGAUCAAAUUAUCAUGCUGAUGUUCUCUCCCGAGAUCUCUCAGUACCUUGUGCCGAUGCCCAAGCCUCAUGUUCCGCCCCCACCUCCGGGGGGUAAGGCCUUAGCUGAAUCGCUGAAGCGGGCCCUCAGUGAGGACUUGCCCUUUGAUAAAAACUUCUUGAGUCGGGCUUGGAAAAAGGGCAAAGGCGGCAAGGGCGGAAAGGGUGGAGACAAGCAGGAGGAUCCAGCAAAGCGAUUCAACCUUCCCGAAGGCUGUUGUGAUCGCAAUGACAAGAACCAGCCUCUGUGUUUCUUGUGGAAUCAGGGGAAGUGCAAAUGGAAGGGCAAAGGAAAGCGCUGCAACAGGGGCUUCCACCACGCAGUGCAACAGGGUAAUCUUCAGAAAUCAGUCAUUCUGUCAGUUUUCGAGCUUUUGCCUGAAGGGAAUAAUCCUAGAGGGUCCGAUCGAGCUUCCAAGGCCUUCGUGACUGGUGCUUUCAUUCAUGGAACCAUGUGUUCAGUGGUCAACAAUCUCACACGUUUUCCAUGGACUUCUGAGCUCUUGGCAUCGUAUGCAAGGCAACAGGCGCCGACGGCAAAAUUUUCUUCAUUGGUCAUUUUUCGCAACAAUCAGGCGGCUCCGCAUCGCGACUCGCAUAAUUGCCCACAUAGUACCAACCAGGUUUUUGCAAUUACGAAUUUUUCAGGCGGAAGGGUCAUCGUGGAAGACCCUGAGGGAGAGCAUAGAAUCACUCAUGAGGGCCGCGAUUUUCGUGGUCGUGCCAUAGACUUUCGGAAUGGAAUGCUGAGAUUCGCUGCGCGGGAGGUCGUGCAUUGGACCGAGCCCUGGCUCGGCACCAGGGUGGUCCUUGUGUCAUACACGGUGAGGGGCCUCAAGGGCAUGCCUGACACUUGCCGUGAUUCGCUUUUGCAGGCCAGAUUUGCCUUGCCAGGCUAUAAAGCCGAGCCCCUUAGGUGCCCGCCUGUGGAGGUUCCCACUUCCCUAGAUCCUAAGCCUGAUGCCGAGGCCAACCCGGUUCCUUUGGGGUCUAAUCCUGAUCCUGCAUCUCUUGAGGGUCCUGUGCCUGUAGGGUUUAGUCCUGCCCCUGUCCCGCAAGUGCCCAAGGAGAGUCCGUCUUCCGCUUCGGUCGGCGAAACCCCGUUCGCCCUCGAACUCUUUUCGGGGCGGGGACGGCUGUCGCAAUGCUUGCGCCGGGCCGGAUUUACCGUCUUGUCCAUGGACCACAGGCUAGCUCACAGCCUCGUGCCAGUUUGCAAAACUGAUCUUGCCACCGAGGCAGGCCAAGCUUUCGUGUGGUCGCUCCUCGAAUCCUGCUGCCCUGCCUUUGUCCAUAUGGGCUUGCCUUCUGACACAGCCUCUUCUCGCUCCUCCUCAGGAGCCUUGCGUACCUCGCAAUAUCCUUUGGGAUGCCCGGAUUUAACCUCAGGCAGUCUUGAGGCCACACGCGUGGAUGAGGCCAACCGAAUGUACCGCUUCUCUUUUGAGGUUGCUUGCUUUUGCCUGGCCAGGGGUAUUCCCUUUUGCAUAGAAAACCCACCGAGUUCCAGACUGUGGCAAAUCUUUACUUGUUUCGCGCAGGGCUUGAAGGACACAGAGGUGUUAGCCAAGUGGCAGGCAUUGCAGUCAAUCGACCUGCAUUGUUGCAUGUUUGGCGGCUCCCGUGCUAAGCCAUUGCGGCUUAAAUGUACACCUGGCCUGUUCGACUCCCUUGCGGUAUCAUGCGACAAGCAACAUGAGCACAAGCCCUGGUCCCUCAGCCGCACUCGUGUGGAGAUUGCCGAGGAUGCAUCUUACCCUCUGGAUUUGUGUCGUCGUAUGGUUUCAUCCUUGCUGUCUUUCAUGAGCCAAGCUGGACAGGCCUUGCCGUCUGCCAUCCGUUUGCAUGACCAAUCCUUGGCUGCAGCUGGGGUCCAACCGCGCCGGCGUAAACCUCUAAUCCCCGAGUACAAGACAGUCGUGCAGGUCCCAGCGGACUCUCCAAUCCCGACUGGUGCCAAGGUGCUUUCUCCCAGCCAACUUCAGGGGGUGGAUGUGGCUGCUCCUGUGGCUACUCCGAUGUCUACACCCUCCUCUGGUUCGACCACUCCGACUGUUGGUGCCGUGACCUUGGGCCUUUGGCACUCUCCGAGCGAAUUCUUUCACAAAGCUGCAUCUCUAGCUCACCCCAUGGAUACCACCAAGCCGGUGGCCAUGGUGACGAAGGCAGCAAUCGAUUCCUCCUUACAUGGGGACCCGGAUGCACUAUCCGAGCAAAGGAGAUCCUUCCUUGGCUACUUGGAGGAGAAGAUUCGCCGCCUUCAGCCCCGUGAGGACGCCUUACACAAAGGCAUGCCAAAAUAUAUGCAGGAAGUUCUUGAGGGCAAAAACUUGCUAGCCUGGGAGGAGCUCUUGAAAGAGACGGGCUAUACUGACCUUGAUUGCGUGCGCUUCAUGAAGGAGGGAGUGAGGCUUGUAGGGUGUGAGGAACAUCCAAAGGACUUUGCAAAGAAGGUAUCCCCCGCAUCCUUAUCGGAAGAAGAGCUUAGAGCUACGGCUCGGCAUCGAAGGUCUAGCUUGUUGGGUUUAGGGCGUAGUUUCCCCUCUGAGGAGGAUGCUUCCCUGCUGUCCCAAGCCACGGCCGAGGAGGUCGAUGCUGGCUUCCUUGAGCGAGGUAUGACUGCCGGGGAGGUCAGUGCCUUCUUCGGUCACGAAGAUUGGGGUGUGGUACGAAGGUUCGUGCUGGUCCAGGAUGGAGGUCGCAAGGUCCGUCCCAUAGACGACUGCUUGGAGGCGCAAAUCAAUGCUGCUUAUACCUCCACAAUUGCCCUGCAACUUCACGAUUCAGAUUAUGUAGCUUCACUGGCCCUCUUCAUCGCUGAACGAAUGCAAGGCCUUCCAGCCAGCAAGCGCAUGCCGUGGCAUGGGAAGUGCCUCGACCUUUCGAAAGCCUAUAAACAAAUGGCAGUCCAUCCACGAGACCGCGACUUGUGUGUCAUCAUGAUCCAGGAUCAUGAUGGAGUUGCAACUUACCACAUUUGCAAUGCGUUGAUGUUCGGGGCUUCAGCAUCAGUGUUUGCAUUUGUGCGGGUGAGUCGUUCGUUGUGGUGGAUAAUAAAUAAGUGCUUGAAAGUACCCUGUGCCUGCUACUUCGAUGACUAUCCAUUAUUUACCCCAGAGUCAUCAGCUGCUUCCGUGGACCAAGAUGUAUCCCGGCUAUUGGACCUGCUGGGGUGGAGGCAUGCAAAGUCCGGGUCAAAAGGCAAACCCUUUGAUAGUUCCUUCGACGUCCUUGGGACUAGGCUAGACUUGGGUGAGAUCUUGUCAGGGAAGAUAGUUCUUGCAAAUAAGGUUGGCAGGGCGGAGAAAAUUCUUGAAAAGGUUUCGACUGCAUCCCUAGGGAAUGGGAGCUUCAGGCAAUCUUUGCAGGUCCUUAUUGGACACUUGAACUUCGCCUCCGGCUUCUUUGCCGGAAGGGCCCUGCGACACGUGGCCUACGACUUGAAUCAUCUGAUGGGCAAGGAUUGGCUUUCAGCUAAGGACUCCUUAGAUGAGUUGGGCAGCCGCAUCUCCGUCAUCCUUCAGUGCACCCCUCCCCGGUCCUUAGUGUGCAACCGAGUGCGCCAACCGGUCCUGGUGUGGACCGAUGGCUCUUGGGAAAAGGGACAUGCGGGUAUAGGUGCAGUUGAAUGGGAUCCCAUUGCCUCGAAGGGUGCGGUUUGGGCUGGCCACAUCCCAACUAGCAUCACUGCUCUGUGGUUGAGAACUGAAGAUCACACUCAGGAGCAGAUAAUAUCGCAGGUCGAGUUGUAUGCAAUGGCACUCAUCAGACAUCUACGGAAAGAAGCAUGGAUGCACCGGAGGGUCAUCGUCUUCUGUGAUAACGAGGCGGCACGCUUCGCAGCCAUAAAGGGUGGCAGCAGCAGCCACAGCAUGAAUCGGCUGGUGCAGGCAUGGGAUCACCCAAAUUUUGAUCACCCAGCUUACUUGUGGAUCGAGCGUGUGCCCUCUUUCUCGAAUAUUGCUGAUGGUCCCUCAAGGGGCGUGCCCGAAGAGGCCUUACACCUUACACGUACCAGCUCUUGCAGAACUUUUGAGACAGAGGCCGAGCUCGAAACUCUCUUGUUCAGCAGGCGCAGAAAGGAGAUGGGGUGA